AUGAAUUUGCUACGGAUAUUGGACAGCACACCCGAGCCACCUAUAAUAGAGUUGGAACUCAGUGAGACAAACAAUAGUGGAGAUUAUCAUUUGGGCACACCAAUGUAUGAAUACCAGAAAGAAUUAACUGACCAGAUUAUUUCCCUCCAUUAUCCAGAUAUACUAAAGUUUUGUGAAACCAACGACCAAAAGGACAUUAUACUCAAGUCAGUUGAGACAUGUGUUGAAAACUGUAUGCUUGUGUGCACCCAUCCGUAUUUAUUGAUCAGUCAUUAUAUGCCAAAAAACUUGGCUGUCAAAGAUAUGCCUGCAAAAUUAGCAGAGACGAGUGGAAAGUUUAAUGUGUUGAAAGAUUUGUUGAAUGUUAUCAUUCUGAACAAGGCGUCUAAUGUGAAGUCCGUGGGUCUCGUAAUGAGCAACAAUGUUAAACUUUUUGAUUUGAUCGAAGCUUUGAUCAUGGUAUGCUCUGGCAACAAAACCGUUAAACGAUAUGUUGGAAACAACAUCCAACGAGAAUCGAAAAAGGCAGUGAAGAAUGGAAAUGGAAGUAAUGGAAGUACCCCAAACGGACAUGGAGAUGCCUCCAAAACCUUGACGCAGAUCCAUCUUAUACCUGCUGAUGGGAAUAUUCAAAGAGAUCAAGCCAUUUUUGAUGCUUCCAGAUUUGAUGUUCUAGUUACUAUCGAUGGUAAUGUCAAUACGGAAACAGAAUUCUACCAAUUUUUGAAGACAAUGAACCAUUCCCCUGGUGAGAAACCAGCAGUUACCAUUAGAUUGGCUCCUUUUAAGACAAUCGAGCACAUAAAAUUGUACUACCUGAAAGCAGUGAAUGAAGAUGAUUAUUUGUAUAAGCUUAUUUCGUCAGUAGUGUGUUUGAGAGAUUUCAUAGGAAACAUACCCCCAGACAUUUUCCCAAUAUAUCAUCAAAAGCUUACAUAUUUGGGACCAAACUUUUUCGACCAUGUAUUUGGCGACAAUGUGAGCACAUACCCUCCAUGGCCCUUACCCACACUUCCCAUCAUUCAAAAGUAUACCCCAAUAGAUGUGGAAAGAUCAUUAUUGACAGAGGCUCAUUUUCAUUACACCCCUUAUGGGUUGCAACCAUUUGUGGAGGAAAAAGUGACCCCCACAUACUAUCAAACAAAACGUUUACAACUGGAUUAUAUUGCCAACCCAUUAAAAAAUUCUUAUGAUGAGUUGAUUGGAAUAACUAGUGCAACGGAGAGACAGGAUAUGACUAUAUUAACUCACAAAUCACUACUCCAGUUGAAUGCUGCAUGUAGGGAUCUAAGAAGAGCAAAAGACGAACUUGAGUCGUAUAACCAGUAUGAUUCUAAAGAGGUUCAGAAUAAAGUUGGAAGAAGAGAAAAAGAAAAGAGGCUUGCGGUUUCAAAAAUAUUUGACGAUUUAGAUCACUCACAGCAAAGGAUAGACAGUGGUAAUAAGUGGUACAUUAAAAAACAAGAACAAAUAGAUCAAUUGAAGAUCGCCAUUAAAGAGAAAGAAGACGAGAUUGCCAAUUUUCACGAUAAGGUUGAUUCACCAGAAAAGGUAUCAUAUGUAAGUAAUCAAUUAGAGAUAUGGAAGCUCGAGAGGCAAAUAAAACAGUUAAUUGCCCGAAUUCAAUCGAAAGAUGACGAAAGAAACUUUACUAAUAAGGAAUAUGAAAACUCAUUAAAUGCGGUAAAAGAGGCCAAGCAAGAACAAUCAUUGCUAAAUGAGCAGAUCCAAUAUGCAAAAAGGAAGUAUGAUGAGUAUGAACAGGAUCAAGAAACAAAGAGACAAAAUUUUGAAGUUGACCAUCAAGCUCUCCUCAAUGAAAUCAAGAGUUUGGAAUUCUCAAAUGAACAACUAGAGAUGAAACUCGGAAAUGCUUUCAAGUUUUUAAAAGACACUUCGCAUUUCAAAAAGCGUAAAGUGCGAACCAAUACGCCGAGCAAGUAG